CCCCGCAUUUCUGACUUGAUCGUGCCGCGGUGCGAUCUCUUAGCGAACCCCGAGCUUCGCCGAACUACAAACAAACCCCAAAAAUCCAGUGACAAUUGAUCCCUUGUUUUGUUUACAUCCCUCACCGAUUGAAGUGUAGACAACCACCAUAACAAAUCGCUCAUCAUGUCUGUCCGAAGCGGCCCCUGGAGACUCGUUACCGUCAACACCGCCCCCGAGCGGGCGAAGCGACUGAUCGGCCGUAUGAUGGAGGCACUCAAGGACCGAUAUGACAUCGAGUAUGUCGCCAACUGUGAGAACAUGGCCGAGGUCCUCCCUAAGGUGACCGAACACAAGCCCAACGUCAUUUUCUGCGCCUCGAUGUGGACUCCCGAGGAGGCCAGCACCAUCUUUGCGACAGCGAAAUCGGUCGUGCCGGAUAUCAAGACACACGCCAUUCCCACGGGACUGCAGGUUGAGAAGGGCCCUGACGCGAUCGUGGAAUACCUGGUUGAGGAGGUCCCCAAGCUGCUGGGUUAAUUAGGAAAUUGUUUAAGAUACCAGAAAUAAAAAUAUAAAAUUGACCGCCAUAUGGGCGCCGGUUUGGACGAGGCUAGACAAUAGAUCCCACUUCGCAUACCAA